AUGGUAGAGCAUAUGGAUGAUAUGUGCGAAAUUGUUGUCAAGGGUCAUUGGGGCAAUUUGUUGAAUGCAAAGAAUGGCUCUGCUCUCACUUCCACUACCAUACACAAUGUGCUUUUGCAUCUCUCACUUUAUGGUUAUGGGCCCUCUUAUUCCUUUCCAUUCUUCAAAUGGGUUGCCUCCAUCCCACAUUUUAGCCACUCCUUGCAAUGUUCAUGGACCAUGAUUCACAUACUCACCAAACACAAACAUUUCAAAACUGCACAACAGAUGCUUGACAAAAUUGCCCACAAGGAUUUUCUUUCAUCUCCUUCGGUUUUGAGCUCUUUGGUGAGGAUUCAUGACGACCCAGAAGUUAAUUCACAUGUUUUGAGCUGGCUUGUGAUACAUUAUGCAAAGUCAAAGAUGACCCAGGAUGCAAUUCAAGUUUUUGAACAGAUGAGGUUGUUAUAUAAAGUCAAGCCCCGUUUGCAUGCUUGUACUGUGCUUUUGAAUUGUUUGGUGAAUGAUGGGAUUACUAAUAUGGUUUGGAAGAUUCAUAAGAGAAUGGUUCAAGGUGGGGUUGUUCUCAAUAUCUACAUUUACAAUUGUUUAAUCCAUGCUUGUUCCAAAUCAGGAGAUGUGGAGAGGGCAGAACAGUUACUAAAUGAGAUGGAAGCAAAGGGUGCGCUUCCUGACAUUUUUACAUAUAAUACUUUGAUAUCAUUAUAUUGCAAGAAAGGUAUGCACUAUGAGGCUUUGUCCAUCCAGGACAAAAUGGUAAAAGAGGGGAUAAAUCUUGAUAUAGUUAGUUAUAAUUCUCUUAUUUAUGGAUUUUGCAGAGAAGGUAGGAUGAGAGAAGCUACGAGGAUGUUUAGUGAAAUUAAAAGUGCAGCUCCCAAUCAUGUGACAUAUACUACGUUGAUUGAUGGUUAUUGUAAAACGAAUGAACUGGAGCAAGCUUUGAAAAUGCGUGAGCUGUUGGAGGCUAAGGGAUUGUACCCUGGAGUUGUUACUUAUAAUUCAAUUUUGCGCAAGCUGUGUCAAGAUGGCAGGAUAAAAGAUGCAAACAAGCUUUUGAAUGAGAUGAGUGAAAGAAAAGUUCAAGCUGACAAUAUCACGUGUAACACCCUGAUAAAUACUUACUGCAAGAUAGGGGAUUUGAAAUCUGCUUUGAAAUUUAAGAAUAAGAUGUUAGAAGCUGGACUAAAGCCUGAUCCAUUUACAUAUAAGGCACUGAUUCAUGGGUUCUGCAAGAUGAGUGAGCUGGAAAGUGCCAAGGAGCUAUUGUUUAGCAUGCUUGAUGCUGGGUUUUCCCCCAGUUAUUGCACAUACUCAUGGAUUGUUGAUGGCUACUGCAAGAAAGACAACAUGGAUGCAAUUUUAGCACUGCCAGAUGAGUUUCUGAGUAAAGGUAUUUGUCUUGAUGUUUCGGUAUACAGGGCAUUGAUAAGAAAGUUAUGCAAGAUAGAAAGGAUUGAAUAUGCUGAAAAGUUAUUCAAUCAUAUGGAAGGGAAGGGUGUGUCAGGUGACAGUAUUAUCUACACCAGUCUCGCUUAUGCUUACUGGAAAGCAGGGAAGGCAAGUGCGGCCUCAGAUAUGUUACAAGAGAUGGCUAGAAAGAGGUUGAUGAUCACAGUCAGAAUCUAUAAAUGCUUUCUUGCUCCUAAUGCGAGUGAAAACAAAGUGUCACAAAUCUUCUGGGAUCAUUUGGUGGAUAGGGGUCUGAUGUCAAGAAAUACAUUGAAUAAAUUACAGCAGAUGCUGAUAGGAUGAUAAUCUUGCUUAUGAAAGACUCCUCACAGCUAGAAGUUACUUCCUAGACUUGUUCACAUUGCAUUGCUUGUGGUUAUCAUAGGGUCUUUCUU